AUGAAUCCGAUGAGAAUGAGAAUGGAUCCACUGACAGUUCUUCGAGAUUUCACGAUGAGAGGUGAAUUGGAGAAAAUAGUCCGUCACGACACCGACUUCCGUUUCGGCGACGAAUACGCCUUCCCUUCCUCUCUCGAAACCGCCUACCGCUCCACCAAAGGUAACCGUUACACACUCGAAACCCUAGUUCACUACAUCAAACACCACCAACUCAAACACGCCGAGUAUUUCCAAAACACCCUAGCUCUCGGUAUCCCCUCCGUAACCCUCCCUGAUCGGAAACCGAUCCUUAACUACCUUCAAGGCAUUAUCUCCACCACCGAUUCCAUCGAAUAUCUCCCCGAAGAGCCUGAAGAUCCUUCUCUAAAUCAGCAUCAACCAUCUCUACUUCCCAAUUCAGAUGACGGCGUUUUUCGAGCUGAAGAGCCUCAAUUGGAUUUCAUCUCCAUGAUCAGAACCGCCGAGAAGCCUCUCAAGGACCGCGAGUCUCUUCUCGAAUGUAAGAAUCGCGACUUCUACAGCGUACUAGUUGCUGCCACGAAGCGCGAAGAAGAGCGCCAGAGAAUGGAGUCUCACCAGAGGAAAGACGGUCUCGUUGCCAAGAGUAGAUUAAUGGGUAGUUCUGAUGAUUUUGGUGAUGAAUUGGGGUAUGAUCAAACUCCUAAACCUAAAAUGCAUCUCAAAAUUGGGGAAGGUGUUCCAAUUAUUUUGGUUCCUAGUGCUUUUCAGACACUCAUUACUAUCUAUAAUGUCAAGGAGUUUUUGGAAGAUGGGGUUUAUAUACCUACUGAUGUUAAGGUGAAGCAGAUGAAAGGUGCAAGACCUGAUUGUGUUACUGUUCAGAAGAAGCUUAGUAGGGAUAGAGCCGUUACUGCUUAUGAAGUAAGGGAUAAACCUUCUGCACUUAAACCCGAGGAUUGGGAUCGUGUUGUCGCGGUUUUUGUCUUGGGAAAGGAUUGGCAGUUCAAGGACUGGCCUUAUAAGGAUCAUGUCGAAAUUUUCAAUAAAAUUACUGGAUUUUUUAUGCGGUUUGAAGAUGAUAGUAUAGAGUCAGCAAAGACUGUUAAGCAGUGGAAUGUGAAGAUUAUUUCGAUUAGUAAGAACAAGCGGCAUCAAGACAGGGCUGCGGCAUUGGAGGUGUGGGACAGACUAGAAGAAUUUGUGCGCUCGCGAUCACAUUCUUGA